AUGAGAACAGUAUUAGUCAAAAUGUUUAGAAUAACAGAUAUUUCAAAGCUAUUAUUACUAGGUUCACUUUUAGUGUGCAUUGUACAAUCACAAUGUUCUAAUUCAAGUUCUGGAGAAUCUACAAUAACAAGCCAAAUACAAAUGCAACAGCAAUGGUCAACUCUUGGUAAUGCCAUAGCUGAUGGUCUCUUCUUUAUAGAUGAAAUCGAACCUUUGGCACCUAUUGGACUUAUUCUAUCAACUAUCACUUCUUUGGCUUGGCCCUCAGGACCAUCACCAGCACUUUCAGUUUUCGAAUCGUUACUGAGCUAUGUGAAUAAUAUGGUCUCACAACAACUUAUAUGCCUUCAAUUUAAUCAAAAUCUCAACAAUUUAAACGGAUUGGGGGAUAACCUAAAAGAUUAUAAUUCUUGUAUUGGACUAUAUCUCAAAAACAUAACACCACCAACAUCGGAAUGCGAUACUGCAAUAAAUGAGUACUAUUUAAAGUUGAAUGAGAUAGAACAAUACAGAGAUAUCUUUGGCGGUCCAAAAUACAUGCCUUACAGUCUAUUAAUGAGUGCAACAAUACUUCCAAUAUACGUUCAGUAUAUCAAUCUUUAUCUUGGAUUUUAUCGUGAUGCACUAUUACAUCCUCAAAUCUUUAAUUUUGGGUCUAAUGAUACUAUCUAUAUACAAUAUAAAAUGUCUGAAAUAUCUAAUGAGGCAUUACAAUAUGUUUAUAAAAUUUCAUAUCAACAACUAAAUGGUUUUCCAAAGACAUCCUGCAAAACAUACAACUCUCCAAACUGUAUAUCUUUAGAAGCCUAUAAUCAAUUGGCAAAUUUCACUCUUACGGUUGCCCAAGGUUGCCUUCAAUUUGCCGAUCUUUGGCCUUACUUCGAUCAAAUCAAAUAUCCCUUUGGACCACCUCCAUUCCUUCCACGUAGUAUAAUCACUCCCAUCACUGGCAACUAUUUUAAUUCUAUCGAUGUAUAUAAUAAGUUUGGCAAUAAGUGCACUUAUUUUUAUGGUGAUAUCAGUUAUCCAGAUACAACAUUCGUUUUCAAUUCGUCAAAAUCAGUUUCUCAAUUCCCUGCAAGCUCUGUCAAAUACUAUAGAAACAAUGAAUAUGUAAAGUGUUUGGAUCUAGUUUGUGACGGCGUAUCUGGAACAUCACAAAGGUUUUAUGGUUUAGCAGGAAUGAUCUUUCAGAACGAUCAAACACAAGCUUCGAAUAUUAUUGGCUCCAUUCCUGAAAAUUCAAAUAGUGACGUAACUCUUUCAGCUACCCUACUUCUUCCUAAUCCUCUACCUAAUUCAUUAAACAAAUAUUUCAUCACAUGGGUCAAGACAUUCUAUCCAAACCCAAGCGACAACUAUUAUAUAGAUUCUAUUCAAGCUGUUCAAAUGGGAAUAUCAAAUGGACUACAAACCGAUAUUAUUGAUGAUGGUCACCUUACCUCCAAUCUUCAAUCUACAAACUUUUCUUAUGUUGGUUUCUAUCUUUCUGGAGCUGCUUUUAUCGAACAUCCUCGUCUUUAUUGCACUUCACAGGUUCCAAAUUCUUUAAUUGCAAUUUCAUACAGAUACACAGAGUACAUUGGAAUGAUCCCAACGAAACCAGCCAUCCCAGUUCAAAUUUAUCAAUUCAGUCAAGUUCAACCAAAUGGUGGUGUCAAUUAUUUCUACUCUGCUUAUCUAUAUGGUCACGAAGAGAAACUUUUAUCUGGUUGGAAUUUGGAUGGACCAGUAUUUGGUGGAUUGACUUUUGGAUUCACAAAUGGUACUAUAUUUCCAUCAGCAACUGUCUACCAAUAUCAUAGACCAAACCCAAAUGGUAUUGAUAAUCAGUACUUCUAUUCUAGGACUGGAACAAAUAUAAAUGGAUGGACAUUUGAUUAUCCAGCAUUCAAUGUCUAUACAACUGGAACAGGUUAUAUAGUUAGUCUACGUCUUCAAGUUGUAAAUGGAGUUUCUAAUUAUGCUUUGUCUUCUGAGUUUAUUAAUCCAGGAUGGACAGCAAUUUCUAUUGCUUGGUUUACACCCAAAAGUCAAAUGUUUACAAAUGUUUCCAUCGUAGAUACUGAUACAUGGUAUUUACUUGCAAACAUAGGAAACACUGGUCUUUGUCUUACAGCUGAUCCAAUUAUGUCUGUGUCUUUAACAGGAUUCCCAUGUUCUCAAAAUAUGAUUCCAAGUGCUAUGACCAGUCAAAUCUGGAGAAGAUACGGUGCAUUUCAAAAUGGAACAAAUUCAUACGCUCAACCAAGACAGCUCAUUAAUAUAAAUAAUGUAACAGUUUCAAGUAAGUUUACUUCCAACGAUGCGCCAGCUCUAGAAUCAACUCUCAAUACUACCGAUCCAUCAAGAAUCUUUCAGUUUGUUUACGAUCUUCUUUAUUAUAUACCUGAUACAUACAUGAUAAAAUCUCCAACUUAUGGUCAGUGUCUUCAAUUGGAAAAUUCUAUCAACAAUAAUCUAAAGUAUAAACCUUGCAAUAAAGACAAUCCAUACCAAUGGUGGAAGAAGGUGUCUGCCUCUUUGAAAACAAUUAGCAUAGAAGGAAAGUGUUUAUCAAUUGUCACCUCUUCCCCCUCUCCAGCUCAAUUAUCCUUAUUAAUAAUACCUUGCAUAAAUGGAUCUCAAUCUGUGUCUACUAAUUGGCUGGUCAACUCAACUUCUAUAUCUGGAGUAAUUAAUUCAACUAGUUACCAGUUAACUGCAGGUAAUUGGGCAGCUAUAGUGAAUAACAUCAACUAUUACAAUAGUCUCGCUAAUAAAAACUUCAACAAAUUAUCAAUAUUCCAAAUAUCGACAAACAAUUAUGUAAUUCGCGAUCUUCAAUCAAACCUGUGUCUUCAAAUGGCAUAUAUUGUCGCAACUUCGGCAUACCAUCCAUGGUUUGCUCCUUGUGAUUUGAACAACUACUGGCAACGGUGGAUCAUCUCAAACGUUUAA